CUGCAGCAUAAACAAGGCUCCCCAAAGACUUCCUUUAGAACGAAAUGGGGGCAGAGUGGUCACAAGAUGAGGUAUCACAGCCUACUGAAGAACACAGAAAGGAAACCCCUCCAUGCACUCCACAGAUCAACAAUAAUGAGUCUGGGGCAAUUCAGAAGACUGCCACAGAACUUAAGCUUCCUCACAAUCACGAAGAGAUUCUCAAAGAUGCUGAUGCACCGGUUGACAAGUCCUCUACUGAGAAGCUCUAUGAUCAGCUAUAUGCAGGAGUAUUCUUAAACCAAAAAAAGAAGAAGUAUUGGAUUGAUAGGACCUCUAAGAGGAACUGCUUCAUGCUAUAUGCAAGAAAUCUUUCAAUAACCUGGGCUGAAGACAGAUCCUGCUGGCACUGGCCCUUCAUAAAAGAAUCCAGUGAUGUGACUCUAGUUGCUGCAGAGCUGCUGAACGUUUGCUGGCUGGAAAUUCAUGGGUGGUUCAACACGGUCAAUCUCACACCAAGAACUCUCUAUCAGGUUGUAUUUGUUCUUAUGUUAAAAGAUCCUGCUUAUGGAUGGGGAAUUCCAGUGAACUUCAGACUCAUUCUAGCAGAUGGAAGCAGACAGGAACACAAAGAAAAUAUGAUGGACAAACCUAGGGGAAAGUGGAUAGAAGUCCUAGCAGGAGAAUUUGAGACGUUGCCAGAGAAUAAUGGGAAUAUGGAGUGUUCAAUGUAUGAAUAUGAGGGUGGGGGGUGGAAGAGAGGACUGGUCAUAAAAGGAAUUCUCAUUCGACCAAAAGACUGAAGUUCUUCAGCAAUCAGCUACGACUGCAGAGGCAAUUUAUGCUGGACAAAGUUUACUUUCAAAUCACACGAGAUGAAGAAUCCAAUUACAAAAACCAAUGUACUGAGGAAUCAAAACAACAAGAUGAUGCUUCUAUAAAUAAAAUGCCUUAAAUUUCUCCUACAAACAAUUUAUCUUUUA